AUGGCUGUGAAGAUAAAUUUCGCUCAGCUGAGAGUAUUGCCACACAGAGCAGCAGCAGCUCAUCUACAGACUAGCAGCGAGCAGGCGACCCACGUUACUUUGAUUGACAUCCGGACAAAUGUUUCCCAUGUUCGACUGCUCGUUAUGAGAAAACCCCGCCCACGCCCUCCCUUUUCACACCACCCGGGGCGGGCUUACGAGCACGCACUGCCGCUGAUUGGACGGCAGCGGGAGGACAAAGAGGACGAGAAUGAAUCGGAUACGUCCUCCCCCACGUGGGCUCCGCAUCAGCCUGCUCAGCCCUUCAAAUUCACCAUAUCCGAAUCGUGUGAUCGGAUUAAGGAGGAGUUUCAGUUUUUACAGGCUCAGUACCACAGCUUGAAACUGGAAUGUGAGAAAUUGGCCAGCGAGAAGACGGAGAUGCAGCGGCAUUAUGUCAUGUACUAUGAGAUGUCAUAUGGGCUGAAUAUUGAAAUGCACAAACAGGCAGAAAUUGUCAAGAGACUGAAUGCUAUCUGUGCACAAGUCAUUCCUUUUUUGUCCCAAGAGCACCAGCAGCAAGUGGUACAGGCUGUAGAACGUGCCAAACAAGUGACCAUGGCGGAGCUGAAUGCAAUCAUUGGGCAGCAACAACUCCAGGCUCAGCAUCUGUCUCAUGGGCAUGGACUUCCGGUGCCUCUGACUCCUCAUCCCUCCGGCCUGCAACCUCCUGCCAUCCCACCAAUCAGCAGCAGCGCAGGACUGUUGGCGCUUUCCAGUGCCCUUUCUGGACAGUCUCAUCUUCCAAUAAAGGAUGAAAAAAAGCACCAUGACAGUGAUCAUCAAAGAGACAGAGAUUCAAUUAAGAGCUCCUCUGUGUCACCAUCUGCAAGUUUCAGAGCAGCAGAGAAGCACAGAAAUUCAGCAGACUAUUCUUCAGAUAGCAAAAAGCAAAAGACUGAAGAAAAAGAGAUAGCGGCUCGUUACGACAGUGAUGGUGAAAAGAGUGAUGACAACCUUGUGGUGGAUGUUUCCAAUGAGGACCCCUCUUCUCCAAGAGGGAGCCCAGCACAUUCUCCUAGAGAAAAUGGUUUGGAUAAGGCCCGACUUUUAAAGAAAGAUCCUCCAAUCAGUCCAGCAUCCAUUGCAUCCUCAAGCAGUACUCCAUCAUCAAAGUCUAAAGAACUCAGCCUGAAUGAGAAAUCCACAACUCCAGUUUCUAAAUCUAACACACCCACUCCGCGAAGCGAUGCGCCCACCCCUGGCAGCAAUUCGACUGGACUGCGGCCUGUUCCUGGCAAGCCACAAGGAGUCGAUCCAUUAACUGGCCUCAGGGCCCCCAUGGCAGUCCCAUGUCCUUAUCCAACACCAUUUGGAUUAGUGCCACAUUCUGGCAUGAACGGGGAGCUGACGAGUCCAGGAGCAGCGUACGCCAGUCUUCACAACAUCUCCCCACAGAUGAGUGCAGCAGCUGCAGCCGCUGCCGCAGCCGCAGCCUAUGGACGAUCCCCAGUGGUUGGCUUUGAUCCACAUCAUCAUAUGCGGGUUCCAGGAAUGCCUCCAAAUCUGACAGGCAUCCCAGGCGGGAAACCAGCGUAUUCAUUCCAUGUAAGUGCUGACGGCCAGAUGCAGCCUGUGCCAUUCCCUCCUGAUGCUCUCAUUGGCCCAGGAAUCCCUCGGCAUGCACGACAAAUUAACACCUUGAAUCACGGGGAAGUGGUUUGUGCAGUAACCAUCAGCAACCCCACAAGACACGUUUACACUGGUGGGAAAGGAUGUGUCAAGGUCUGGGACAUCAGUCACCCUGGAAAUAAAAGCCCUGUUUCGCAGUUGGACUGCUUGAACCGAGAUAACUACAUCCGCUCCUGCAGAUUACUCCCUGAUGGGCGCACUCUGAUUGUCGGAGGGGAAGCCAGCACGUUAUCCAUAUGGGACCUAGCAGCUCCCACCCCGCGUAUAAAAGCAGAGCUGACAUCAUCUGCUCCUGCCUGCUAUGCUCUGGCUAUCAGCCCUGACUCCAAGGUCUGCUUCUCCUGUUGUAGUGAUGGCAACAUUGCAGUGUGGGACUUACACAAUCAGACUCUUGUAAGGCAAUUCCAGGGCCACACAGAUGGAGCCAGCUGUAUUGACAUUUCUAAUGAUGGUACCAAGCUCUGGACGGGAGGUUUGGACAACACAGUACGAUCUUGGGAUCUUCGUGAAGGCCGACAGCUACAACAACAUGACUUCACGUCACAGAUCUUCUCCCUGGGAUACUGUCCAACUGGUGAAUGGCUGGCAGUGGGCAUGGAGAACAGCAAUGUGGAGGUGUUGCAUGUCACCAAGCCAGAUAAAUACCAGCUACAUCUUCAUGAAAGCUGUGUACUCUCCCUCAAGUUUGCCCAUUGUGGUAAAUGGUUUGUGAGCACUGGAAAGGACAACCUCCUUAAUGCAUGGAGAACACCUUAUGGAGCCAGUAUAUUCCAGUCCAAAGAAUCUUCAUCAGUGCUGAGCUGCGACAUCUCUGCAGAUGAUAAAUACAUUGUCACUGGAUCAGGGGACAAGAAGGCUACAGUCUACGAAGUUAUUUAUUAGAAUCACAUUCAGACUGCCAUCAGGAUGCUUUCUAAUAGCACUUUUCUGUAAAAUCACACCAUCUUUUUUUGGAACCAAGGACCUGAUCUACCCACCAUACAAAGUUCCUGCUCUUUAUUUCUUUGCCAAAUGCGUUCCUCAGUUUCCUAUCUUGUUGUAAAUACUUCUACUAGGAACUUGAAACCAAAUCUUCACAUAAAUGUGUGGAAGACACACGGGAAAAGUAUACUUAAUUCUAUACAUCGGGCUGAAAUUCUUGGAUUCUGUAUUAUAGUUGUAACAUAUUUAUUUUGUGUAAAGAAGACUUUCUAAAAUAUGAACUGACUUUAGCAAAGUGGCCUGUCCUGGCUGCAAAAAUGAAGACAAAAAUGGACCUUCACCCCAAGUAAUUCAGCAUUUUCCCUCCUGGAUAGUUUACAGCAUGGCCAGUUUCCACA